AUGAAGUCGUGGAACUAUUUGCUGGCUAGUUGCCUGCUGGUUGUGUCUCUGGGUAUUGCCAGUGCUAGGCCAGAACAAGAGACUAAAGUCACAGCUACAGAAACCUCCGAUAGUAGUGAAUGUGUCCCGGUAUGUGGGCCAAAUCAAAAGUGCCUCAACAGCCUAUGCGUUUGCGAGGAAGACUAUGACAAUUUUAGUGAGGGGGGCGUUGUUAACUGCACCAAACCAGCUGUGGACGAGACUGCGAAGUGCCCCGAGGACUGCGGCUUAAAUACCGAAUGCCCGAAUGGAAAAUGCGUUUGUAAACUAGGAUUCUACAAGGAGUUCAUUGACAGCAAGGACUGCAUUGAGAGCGCUUGUCCAGAAGGUUGUGCCGAAAAUAAAAGGUGCUUUAACAGCCAGUGCGUUUGCAAGGAGGAAUAUGCUGAGUAUGCUGACUGUAUCAAGCCUGUUAGCGAUAGCAACACCACCAGCGCCGAGAGCACCUCCAGCACCGAGAGCACCACAAGCACAGAGAGCACCACCAGCACCGAGAGCCCCACCAGUACCGAGAGCACCACCAGCACCCAGAGCACCACUACUACUGAGAGCACCACCAGCACCCAGAGCACCACUACUACUGAGAGCACCACCACUACCGAGAGCCCCACCAGCACCGAGAGCCCCGUCAUAACUGAGAGCACCACUAACACUAAGAGCACCACCAGCACUACCACCACAACAUCCAAACCCUCAACUACAGCCAAACCAAAACCUAAACCAGAAAAGGCUGGCAUGAGUGCUUGGGCAAUCGCUGCAAUUAUUUUGCUGGUGGGUUGCAUUGUGGGUUUCGGCGGAUUCAUGCUGUGCAAGGUCAGGAGGCGACGCUGUGGCGUUCGCACCCCCAAACGCGAGAUUUAGAAGAAGCACAAC